CCAAGUAACAUAACGUGCUGCAGUCGGCGCCAAAAUAUUUCAAUAAGAUACGUCGUGAUCCGCUGCGCCGCGCUUGCUACGAAUUUAUUUGAUUUUGUUUUCAAUCGUGUAUUGUUUUCGUGCAUAUAAAGUACGUUCCAAUUGUGUGUUGUUUGUCUUAACUUGGCCCAAAUCGCGGAGUAUUGUGACACAAAAAGCGCGCGUAAAAUUCAACAUUUUCGAAAAAUGCACUAAUUAAAUCUGCAAAAGAUAAACAUACGAAAUGCAGACUAAUGCGAAAAACAACAACAAAUGUAUGUUGAUGCCAAUGCUGUGAUAAAAAGCGUAUAACACACGUACGCGCUGGUUUACUGCGCCUAUGUAUGCGAGUAGAUUUCGUUGCGAAAGGGCUGAGCAAAGCAGAAUUGCUCAAAAACAAGUGAAAUAGCAAAGUAGAAGUGCGGAAUAAAAGCAAAAAAUUUUUACUACAUCUUUUUUAAUUAUUGCAAAUAUUAAUAAAUUUAUUGCCUUAAAUGGGGAAACAGUGUUCUAUUUCAUAAUUUCGUAUGCCCAAAAAUUGUUUUUUUUUUGUUACAAUUAUAUCAAUAUUUCGCAGCUGUGAAAGUGCUAUGCGUGAAUUACGGUAUUUCCAAUCGCAAGUGCAUUACAACGGCAUUACUCAACUUUCGAAGUGAAUAAAAACAUCCAAUCUAGCAAACAAAAAACAACAAAAAAACGCCAUUCCGUCACUCCACAAUCCAUUCGUGCAUUGUUUUCACGCAAACAUACAUACGUUGAUAUCGGUGUUGAGUUAUAAAAUAUGCGGCGAUAAAAAUCGUCAACAUUCAACAUUGCUACUCUGCUGCUGUUGUCGUGUUUUUUCGGUUUUUUUUUUUUUUUUUGUUAUUCUUAUUUUUGUUGCGCUUCUCGUAUAUUUGCUGGUGAUAAAAUCAGCGUGUUUCUUUUUCGCUGUAUUGGUGGUGUUGUUGUGCAUGUGACUGACUGCUGCUACAAGCACUCUCGCACACACACACACAUUCACUCACACAUCAUAGUAGUAACCAGCAUUUUGGUGGGGGUGCACACCCCACUCGUUCCUCUCACCAAGUGUUCAUUAUCGUGCGCUGAUAUAUCGGCAUAGUGUUAGUGAGCGAAUAAGUGAAGUGAAGAUAGAGAGCGUAAAAAUAAGGGGCGCAUAUUGAGCAUGCAGUCACAGCUGGCGCACAGUGUUGGAUAGCGGUUUGUAAAAAUAAUAAUGUUUGGUGAUUGUUCUGAAACAACAGACGAGAUGACAGCUGAUAGCAGAGAUUCCAAAGAUCUGAGUCCCGCUGACUUAACAGCAGACCAGCAGCAUUUAGAGCGUGAAGAUCAUCGGCUUGAAGAGACUGAUAUUGAAAUGGAAGAAGACACAGAUACAAGAGAGGACGACAGUCGAAUACUUGCUAUAAAUCCACAUCGAAUAUCUCCGGAUAGAAGAGAGGAAAGUGCACCGAGUCGUCCACCAAGUGUAGCCAUAUCAAAUGGUUCAAAUUCCCUAGACAUAUUUCACAAUGUCAACGAGCAUAUUGUACACAAAAUCGAACUAAAUAUAGAACGUGAAAAACUGAAAGAUCUAAAUGAAAUUAGUAUCGAAUCAACUUCAAUAAAUUCAAACGACACACGUCCUGCCAGCAGCAGCCCACAUAAGGAAGAACUGACCGGCAACGAGACACCACCGAUGUCUUCACCAACAAACGUACUGCCAAAAUUGCGCUUAAAUGCGCUUUUGGCUUCAGAUCCGGCUUUGAAACCGGAUGCAAAAGACCUAAAAGUCUUACACGAAGAGACGCAAACGAAAAAUCGACUCGCACAGCUACCACCGCCACCGGCGCUUACCAAGCAAGAAGACAUGGACACUUUAAUGAGUGCGCCAGUGGUUAAUGUCGUGGAACCGGUGUUGAAAACGCCGUCAGUUGGCGCCUCAUCAUCACCAGCUGCUACAGCGGAUAUCCCACCACGCCUGAAAUUGUUCAUGUGCUUGCCCUGUGGCAUACAUUUCAGCUCACCCUCAACACUGGAAGCGCAUCAGGCCUACUACUGCUCGCAUCGUAAUAAAGACAUGGAGUCUGAUGGAGCUUCGCUGUCCACAGUUAUUACCGAAAAAACUGGCACAUUAACUUCUAACGCGCCCAACGCUUCUAGUGGUACCAUCAAUAUCGGCGCUGGUAAUAACGGUAGCGAACACGUUCCCAAAGCCCUCAAGACGGGGAAACAAUAUGCAUGUACACAAUGCUCUUACAGCGCCGACAAGAAGGUCUCCCUCAAUCGGCACAUGCGCAUGCAUCAAACAUCGCCCGCGCAUAGUAGCAGCGCGCCACCAUCAAACGGCGCCGCCGCAUUAGAAGAGGGUGGUUCUAGUCAACAAACGGAUCGUUACUGCAGCGAUUGUGAUAUUAGAUUCAAUAAUGUAAAGACGUAUCGCGCACACAAGUUGCAUUACUGCAGUUCACGCCGCAAUGAGGGACAACUAACACCAAAGCUGGAAGUAAGCACCGCUAAUGUAAUUAAACCACCGGUAGGUGCGGCUGCCAUCAGCCCUCAGACGCGCACAAAGACGCCGACGCCAGCUAUGGUGGCCGCUGCCGCUGCGGCAGCUGCUGCUGCAGCCGCGUCGUUGCAAGCAUCACCGCCACAACCAUUUCUGGCUUUACCCACCAAUCCAAUAUUGAUAAUUCCCUGUUCGUUAAUACGAGCGGCGAGCUGGAUACCGGGACCACUCUCAUCAGCAUCGACGUCCAUUUCAAACCCUGACACCACCUGCUAUAUGUUGGACAACGGUAACUUGAAGCCAUUAGCUACCGCUUUCAAUAUGGGUGGAUUAAAUGCCAAUACUGCAGCGAAUAAUAAUAACGCAGCUGCAAGCGCAAAUAUUCCACAAAUGCCAACGGUCGAAACACCGCCGGUUCGUCAACCUUCGCAACCCAAUAACAGCGACGUGCUUCCUGUAGAGAAAAAUACUGGACGUAGUAGCGACCGCAGUGAGACCUCAACGCCAAAGCGAAAAGAUGGUGCGCGUGAGUCCGCACCAUUGGACCUCUCGCUACGCCGUUCACCUCCCUCUUAUGUCAGCCUGCAACGACAGCGAGUUCACUCGGCUUCCUCCUAUGCAGAUCAUGAUCAGCAACGUAUGGAUAUGGAAACUCUACUGGAGGCAAGUAAGGAGAACUUGUCAAUGGAUGAAAGUGGCACAAUGACACCCGAACAGAUUGUAUGCGCGCCCUCAUUACCAAACAGUCCAUCGAUGAGUCCAUCGCCAAAACGACGUGCAAUAAGUCCACGUAGUUCGGGUGCCGGCAGCACAUCUUCAAUGUCACCACCUGUAAAUGUUUCGACUGCAUCGCUGGUGGCAGCUGCCGCCGCCAGCAACAUGCUUGAUCUACCACUGCGUUCAAUGUUACCCGCCGAUCUAGCGUUGAAACUCUCCGAAACCAAUAUAAUGAAUCCAUUGCUAGCCAAACAAAACUUCGAACUCGCUUUAAAGCUCUCGGCGGCCGCUGCAGCUGCAGUAAACAACAGCACAUCAGCUAAUGUGGGUAAUGGUUCGACUCACGCUGAGUUGACUGCAGCGGCGGUUGCUGCUGCCACAGCAAAGUCUUCGCUACUCGGCAUGCCGGUUUUAAGCAACCCCACCUCGGCCGGUAAUAGCGGUAACGUAGGUGGUGGACCCAACGCAGCUGUGCAACCGCAAAUUUAUGUCAAACAGGGUGUUUCCAAAUGCAAGGAGUGCAACAUUGUCUUCUGCAAGUACGAAAACUAUCUGGCACACAAGCAACACUACUGUUCGGCACGCAAUCAGGAGGUUGGCGAAGGUGAAGCCAAAGUGGCGAACACGUCGCCUCUUGGGGUCGGUGCAGCCGCGAGUGUUGAAACGACACCGGUCGCCUAUCAGCAACUAAUUUGUGCGGCCUGCGGCAUCAAAUACACAUCAUUGGACAAUUUGCGUGCUCAUCAAAAUUACUACUGCCCCAAGGGGGGUGGCACAGCAGGCGCAGCAGCCGUUGCAGCUGCAGCUGCGACAGCCGAAACUGGACAGUUGCCUCUUACUAAGGAAAAAUGUGGCAAAUGCAAGACAAUCCAUGAAAUUGGUUUGCCAUGCCCACCGCCGCCCGCACUGCAACAAACGCAAAGCAGCGCACAGCACAUCGCAGCGACAUCGACCCUUUCGGCACCCAAUCAAAAUAUGUAUAAAUGUCCCGUUUGUGAUGUUGUUAGUCUGACAGCCACCGAAAAUAGGAAGCACAUGGAGACACAUGGCACCGUUAAGGCAUUUCGCUGUAGCAUUUGCCGCUACAAAGGCAACACUUUACGUGGAAUGCGCACGCAUAUCCGCAUGCAUUUCGACAAGAAAGCCACCGACCUCAAUGAGGAGCACUACAUGUCCUGCAUCCUGGAAGAUGAGGGCUUGGAAAUUCCUAGCAUAGCGUCUACACUGAAUCAGGAACAAUUGGCGCAGCAAAUAGCCGCUAUGCAACAGCAGCAACAUCAGUUGCAGCUGCAAGCUCAGCAGCAGCAGCAGCAGCACCAACAACAACAACAAAUAUUCAAUUGCGAUUUAUGCAACUACUCAUCUUCCUAUAAGGGCAACGUGCUACGCCACAUGAAACUGGUGCAUCCUCACAUCAACAUUCAUUCACCAUCAAUUUCACCUGAAGCCAAUGAUCUGGAAACUGCCGAUGCAGCUGGUUUGAAUGGAGAGAGUGGCAAUUUCACCAUAAAAAGCGAGCCAAUGGAUCAAGCGAAUUCGGCACGAUUGCUGGACAAUAACAACACAACAAUAUUGGCUGCCACCUUGACAGCACCACCACCGCUGAACAGUCUCGGCCCCGAGCAAAUGCCACAUAUUAAAACUGAACCCCUGGACGUCGGAGGCGACAGCCAACCACCAACCACACCACUACCAGCGCUCAGCUCACCCGCUAUUGGACCACCACCACCGCUCAACGCUGCCACCGACGACAAUGCCACAGUAGCGGCAAAUCAAAAAUAUUGUCAAACAUGUGAUAUUUCCUUCAACUACAUGAAGACUUAUGUGGCACACAAGCAAUACUAUUGCAAGAGUAAAUUACGACGCCCGGAGGCCAACGAAAGUCCCAGCCCCAACGCUGGACUCAUGCCAAUGUCAGUGGCGUCGCCGAACUCGUUGCUACUAUUGCAGAAGAACAAAGAAAAUCUGCAGCAGGAGGCAGCCAUUUGAUAGAAUGAAAUGUGGCGGGCACGCAAGCAAUGGGAGUGGUACUACAAAUGCUUUUAAAGCACGAUUAGGCAGAGAAAAAGAGCAACGGAAUUGCGAAAUGGAAACAGUUAUGCACAAAACGUACAGUAUUCGACUGGAAUCUCUGUAGAUGAAAAUACUUGAAAAUAUUAUAUAGUAGAUAUGUAUUCAAUAAUGACUUCGGAUAAUCAAAUAGAAAAGCUUAAAUAUGUAGAGAGUAAAGAAAAAACUUGAAAGCUUUUUCCAUCGUGUAAUGAAAAUAAAUAAUAAAGUAAUUAUAAGUAUUUUCCUAACUUUAUCGAUUUAAUCACGACUUAUUAUGUAUGCCAAAGUUAAUUAUUAAAGCUAGGGAAAUAAUUGAAAAUAAAUAAUGCUAAUAGUACUUACUUAUGUAAUAUAUGUACAUAUAUAAAGCUAAAAACGUACGAAAGGUCUUCGCCUGUAUAUUCGAAUGUCUUAAAUAUAAAUAUAUACAUAUUAUAUAUGUACAUACAUACAUACAUGUAGGUACAUAUGUAAACAUGUGGUG